AUAGGUACCCAAUUUUUAAAUUAUAAUAUUUGAUUUAUAUAUCAUUCUGUAAUUCAAGUGUAAGACUUGGAACAAAUGUCACUCAUAUAAUAAUUAUAUACAAUAUAUCAAGAGUAAUAAAAAAAAUUAAACAAAUCAUGCCAGAGAGAUUUAUUAAAGUAUUAAAAAUUAAAAUGAGAAAAAAAAAGAAGGAAAUUACAAGGUCAACUGCAAUAUUGGAAAAGAACAACCUGGCAUUAAUGGCUGCUUCUUUAUAAAUCAAUAUCAACGAAGACAAAAAAAGGUAGCAAACUGACUCCAUCAACUUCACCAUAAAUACUCCUUAAAAAAAAAAACAAAAUUCACUAUAAAUUAAUUAUUUCAUUCUCGAGGACAUUGUCCGUGUACUUUCUCUUUCUAUAUAAGCAAUUUUGUUGGAACUAAAACUUUGCAUAUCUGUAUCUCAUCCAGUUUCCAUAUUUCUUAGUUAGUCACAAAAUUAAUGGCGAUACUGAGGAAUGUGAUGAGCUUGGCUGUUAUAGCCAUGCUGUUUGAAUUAGCCAUGGCAGCCAAUUACACAGUUGGAGGUUCAAAUGGUGGCUGGGAUACCAGCACUAACCUGCAAGCUUGGGCAGCUUCGCAAUUGUUUUCAGUUGGAGAUAACUUGAUUUUCCAGUAUGGAGCCAAUCACAACUUGUUUGAAGUAUCACAGGCAGAUUACGACUCAUGCCAAACGAGUAAUGCAAUUCAAGGGCACAGUGACGGCUCCACAGUCAUCCCUCUUUCAUCUCCUGGCACUAGAUACUUCAUCUGCGGAACUCCAGGACAUUGCACCCAAGGAAUGAAAGUUGAGAUAGACGUCCUUCCAUCUUCCACACCACCACCAGCCACUCCUGCCACUCCUGCAACCCCACCACCAACAUCGCCAAUUAACCCUCCACCACCGGCCACUCCUGCAACCCCACCACCAGCAUCACCCAUAAGCCCUCCACCACCUUCUCCUUCGUCGGUCAUGCCGCCCUCGUCCUCCCCAUCUCCAACAACUUCUACUCCCUCACCAUCACAGUCCCCACCUGAGACCAGUCCUACCAUGUCUCCUCCAUCUCCUCCUACAUCGCCUAUGGGCAGUCCUAAAUCAUCUCCUACAAUCUCCCCUUCUCCUGAUGUUUCCUCGCCGCCACCUUCACCGUCAUCAGCUAAUAAAGCUAGCAUCAGAAGUAAUCUAACAGUAAGCUUCAGCAUAGUCAUGAUGAUGAUGAUAAUGGUUCUGGUCCGCUAAGCAUUCUUGGAAGAUAAUUCUUUCGGAUAUUACAUGUUUAUUUUUUCUUAGCAUUUGUAAUUUUAUGUCUUCGCUAUCAAAAAUUCUGGUGUGCAUUCAAUUUUAAUUAAAAAACACUAAAUUAUUCUUGAA